AUGGAGAUCAUAAAGUUUGAUGAAGAUGAUAGUAUAAGAAGAGUGUAUGAAGCAGCUGUGAGAGGCUGUGUGGAAAGCUUAAACAAAUUGCUCCAAACAGACUAACUCAUUCUUAAUAAAAUUUCACUCACCUCUUUUACUGAAACUGUUGGUUUAGAAGAGCAGAAAAUUAAGGAAGAGAAGGAAAAUUCUGCAGAUUUUCAAGAUUCUUCUUCGAAGUUUCUUAAAUAUAGAGGAAAGCUUCUCCGGUUCAUUUUGACAGCAAAUAACUUUGAGCCAGAAGGAUCACUUGAGCCAGAAGGAUCACUUAUUUCACAAGUUUUAUCUUUAAAUAGCAAACUAAACUCCCUAAAAUGGUUUUCGAGCAAAGAUUCUCUCAAACGCUUACCUCUUCACUUAGCUUCUACCGAGGGCCAUACUCAGAUAAUUAAAGCUUUGCUGCUGCAAGAUAAAACUGCUUGCUUGGCUCGUGAUGAAGAUGGUAGAAUCCCUCUCCACUUGGCUGCCAUGAGAGGUAGAGUUGAGGUUAUUCAAGUGGUACGUGCAAGUUCUAAGGUUCUUGAUGGAGACACAGUCUUCCACUUGUGUAUAAAAUAUAACCAUUUGGAGGCUUUCAAGUUAUUGGUGACAUUUAUAAAUGGUGAUGAGAUUUUGAAUAUGGGAAAUCAAGAUGGCAAUUCUAUCUCGCAUUUAGCUGCCAUGCUUAAGCAAUUGGAGGUAUUUAAGUAUUUGCUUUCCCUUCCUACAGUGAAAGCAAAAGCAAAGGCCUUAAACGAUGGAUUGACGGCCUUGGAUUUGUUAGAUCAAUGUCCAAGAGACUUCAAAAGCCUACAAAUUCAAGAUAUUUUAAUAAAAGCUGGUAUAAGAAGAGCAGCAGAGUUAAUUAGCCGCAACAACAAUCUUGCACCAGAACCACAACAGCCAAGAGCUACUGCUCUUGCUUCUACUGCAGAAAUGAAAAGAUCAUGGAUUGAGAAAUGCAUAAAACACUUGCAAUACAAUGUGGAAGAAACACGUGGCGCAUUAAUGAUAGUCGCAACUGUAAUUGCAACCAUGACUUUCCAAGCUGCAAUGAAUCCACCUUUCCAAGCUGCAAUGAAUCCACCUGGUGGUGUUUGGCAACAGGAUUUUGUAGAUGUCUCUGGCGGUUCUGCUUGCAGCAAAUCAAAUAUAUGUGAAGCUGGAACUUUGGUUUUAGCUUAUGCUUAUCCAGAUCAAUAUAUAACUUUCAAUGGUAUUGCUUUUGCAGCUUCUUUCACUGUCAUAGCUCUAAUAGUUGGUGGAUUUCCUCUCAAGAAUAAGUUCUGCGUUUGGCUUUUAGCACAAGCCAUUAAUAUCACGUUGUUGUUUUUGUUAGUCAGCUAUGUAAAUGGUAUGCUAAUUGUGAUUCCAUCAAGAUAUAGAGAAAAAAUGGCGAAUAUGGAUUUCAAAGUGAUUGGUGUUUCUGCAUUAGUGAUUUCAGUUUCGGACAUAAUUGAAUUGAUUCGGUUUGCAGUAUGGACGGUAAAUAUAUUUAUAUAUAUAAUUCCAAUGUCAGAUUAAGACGUUCAAAAAACCAGUCCAUUAAUUUUAUCUCGUAGAAGCUUCAAGGAAACCUCAAGAUACAAGUAAGUCUAUUAUUUCUAUCAAUCAUAUGGUAAGACGGUCAGAGAGUUAAUCAUGGAAUUAGUUAGGAAUAAUUACAGAGAAGAUCCAACAGUAUUGUUAUAUGAAGCAGCAAUAAGUGGCUGUGUAACAACAUUAAACACGCUGAUCCAGAAAGACAGACUCAUUCUUAACAAAGUUUCACUUACUUCAUUAACUGAAACACC